UCUCCUGCACAGUGCACUCGAGUGCGGAUUCCAAGUAGAUAUAUAUAAUAUCUCCUUUUGUGGCUAUAUUUCAUAUCAGUUGCUAAAUGAUUGGGCAACUACAGAAAGAAAGCUCACUUGAUUAAAAACAAUCAAUAAAAGCCUAUUUUUUUCUGGUUUAUCUGAGCUGAUUUUGUUAUCUAGAAAAUAGCCUAAGGCAGUUUUAUUCUCCGAGUGGCAUUAUGUAGUUCGAAAAGGAAGGCUAAACUGGAAGACAUUUUAAAACUGAAAAUCCUGUUUUACAGUUUGGGUGUUAGUGUUUACGUAAGCGUGUGUGAGUCAACUCAUUGUUCAAAUUUUGUUUACAUGAAAUAGUGAAAAGUUGUACAACCAGCUGCAUCUCUGCACCUUUUCUGCGCGCCAUUAAAAAGAGAAACCAAUGGGAACUUUUGGCAUCAUCAGUCGACUGAGCGUCGAUUGGUGCGAUGAUUUUUGUGCGUUGGGAGCCGAAUGGAAACGCAAAAAGUCCUCCCUGUACUUCUAGUUCUCCUUCUUCUCCCACUUGAUCGGAUAAUUUGAUGAUAACUAUCCGAGUUGUGUUGUGAUAUGCGAGUUACAGAGGAGGAGGACGACCAAACAUCGGGCGCCACCGAGGCAGCCGAAUGCGUCGAACUGCGGGCCAUCCGCAUCCAAGUGACGGGCCAGCGUUUCUGCAGCAAUCGAGUCUCAACGGCCAAAUACAAUUUCGUCUCUUUUCUACCCUGCUUCCUCUUUGAACAGUUUCGACGCUACUCCAACUGCUUUUUUCUCUUCAUCGCCCUACUACAGCAAAUUCCUGAUGUGUCACCAACGGGUCGAUACACGACGCUUGUUCCACUAUUAUUCAUUCUGGCCGUGUCUGCCACCAAGGAAAUUGUCGAGGAUUUCAAACGACACAAAGCUGACCAGGAGACUAAUAAAAGGCAGGUGGAAGUCCUACGUGGUGGCCAAUGGCUCUGGUUAGCUUGGCAGCAAAUUAAUGUCGGAGAUGUCGUUAGAGUCCGAGCGGGGGCGUUCUUCCCAGCAGAUUUAAUUUUGAUUUCCUCAAGUGAGCCACAUUCGCUGUGCUACAUCGAGACGGCCAAUUUAGACGGUGAAACCAACUUGAAGAUCCGCCAGGCUUUGCCAACCACUGCCAAACUGUUGAGUGUGUCGGCUCUCGGACAUUUGCAAGGGACUCUGCAUUGCGAACUGCCUAACCGUCACUUGUACGAAUUCACGGGCACCCUUCGGCUCACCAAUCACGAGCCGCUUGCCUUAGGUCCGGAUCAAUUGUUGCAGAGAGGAGCCCGACUUCAAAAUACCAAAUGGGCAACAGGAAUCGUUCUCUAUACCGGCCACGAGACCAAACUAUUGCAAAAUUCAUCUGCAGCCGCCCCGUUAAAAAGAUCGACUGUAGAUCAAGCAGCCAAUAUGCAAAUCUUGUUACUGUUUUUCUUGCUGGUUAUGCUCGCAUUACUGGCUUCCAGUUUCAAUGAGUUUUGGGCCUCCUAUUUUGGCUUCUCACAUUGGUACCUUGGAUUAGAAGACUUACCGACUGCCAACUUCGGCUACAAUUUAUUGACGUACAUCAUUCUUUUUAACAACCUCAUCCCCAUUUCCUUGCAAGUCACGAUCGAAGUUGUGCGGUUUUUUCAGGCCACAUUCAUCAACAAUGAUUCGGAAAUGUAUCACGUAGCGACGAACACGCCGGCGUGUGCUCGAACUUCCAAUUUGAAUGAGGAACUCGGACAGGUCAAAUAUGUUUUCACCGACAAGACGGGCACGUUGACGCAAAACAUAAUGGAGUUUCAGCAGUGCUCAGUGGGUGGUACCAUCUACGCGGCCAAAAACGACGUGGUCGUCAACAGCUCGGGCAUGGCUUCAUCGAUGAUCCAAGAUUUGUCGGCCAAGCAUUCGAACGCUCCCUACAUCCGCGAGUUCCUCACCCUUUUGGCUGUCUGUCACACGGUUAUACCCGAAAAAGAUGAAACCAAUCCAGACAUCCUACACUAUCACGCUGCUUCUCCAGAUGAAAGAGCUCUGAUUCAGGGAGCUGCCCGUUUGGGAUGGGUCCUUUCGUCACGCACACCAGAAACAAUAACGAUCACAGCCGAGGGGAUGGAACAUCGUUACCAACUCCUGCACAUCCUCGAGUUCAGCAGCGAUCGUAAACGCAUGUCGGUUAUUGUCCGGACGCCUUCCGGAAAGAUAAAGCUCUUUUGCAAAGGAGCCGAUACCGUCAUUUAUGAAAGAUUAGGCAGCGUCGUCCCUACCGGUCCUCAACAACAUCAACAAUACAUCAGACAGGUGACAACAAGCCAUUUGGAAGCGUUCGCCCGUGAAGGUUUGCGCACGCUGUGCUGCGCAGUCGCAGAAAUCCCGCACGACAUUUACGAAGAAUGGAAGCACACUUACCACAGAGCGUCGAUUUCGAUGCAGAAUCGAGAGGAAAAGCUGGCGGAUGCGGCCAACCUCAUUGAAAACAAUUUAGUUUUAUUGGGCGCAACGGCUAUUGAAGACAAAUUGCAGGAAGAGGUUCCGGAAACGAUUGAAGCGUUACUAGAGGCGGACAUCCGCGUGUGGAUGUUGACGGGUGACAAGCAGGAAACGGCCAUUAAUAUCGGUCACGCGUGUCGCCUUCUCAAUUCGAACAUGGAAUUAUUGGUCAUGAAUGAGGAUUCGCUCGAUGGGACCAGGGAAGUCAUUGGUCGGUGGUUGAGCACCCGAUCUGAAGGUAGUUCACCUCUCAGCAUCACGAUGGCUUCAUCAGCCGCCCUUGUCGUGGACGGACAGACCCUUAAAUAUGCCAUGAGCUGCGAUCUGAAGAAGGACUUUCUCCAGCUCUGCCUGCAAUGCCGUGCGGUCAUUUGUUGUCGGGUGACGCCCAGUCAAAAGGCAGAAAUAGUUGAGGCUGUGACAGUUGAAAGGCAAGCGGUGACGUUGGCCAUCGGCGAUGGAGCCAAUGACGUGGCAAUGAUCCAGAAAGCCCAUGUCGGUGUCGGCAUCUCGGGCAUGGAAGGGCUGCAAGCGGCCUGUGCCUCUGAUUACUCCAUCGCCCAGUUCCGAUUCCUCCGUCGGCUUUUACUUGUCCAUGGCGCCUCCAAUUACUACCGCAUGUGCCGCCUCAUUCUUUAUUCCUUUUACAAGAACAUUACCCUCUACGUUAUUGAGCUGUGGUUCGCUCAUUACUCGGCGUGGUCCGGUCAGAUUCUCUUCGAGCGCUGGACCAUCGGUCUCUACAAUGUGCUAUUCACAGCUGCACCACCGUUAGCCCUGGGACUUUUUGACCGCCGAUGCACUGCCGAGGUUUCCUACAGAUACCCUCAGCUCUACAAACCAUCCCAAACUGCCCAGCAUUUCAAUGUCAAGGUUUUUUGGUACUGGAUGUUGAAAGCUCUGCUUCAUUCCAUGUUGCUGUUUUGGCUACCGUUGAUGGCCUUUGGCGAGGAUAUUGUGUGGUCUAACGGCAAAGAUGGCGGCUAUCUGAUACUGGGCAAUGCUGUGUACACUUACGUGGUGGUCACAGUCUGUCUGAAAGCGGCCCUGGAAACCUCGUCAUGGACGUGGCUUUCUUUAUUGGCCAUCGGGGGAUCUGUUUUGACCUGGUUCCUCUUUUUGGCCUUUUACAGUCAUUUCUGGCCAAGUCUACCCCUCGCUGCCAAUAUGGCCGGCAUGUCGCACAUGCUCCUGUCUUCGCCCGUCUUUUGGUGGGGAUUGAUCAUGGCGCCAGCCACAGCCCUACUCCCUGAUUUUUCCAUCAAAACGUUUUGGAACACAAUGUUCAAGUCAUUCACUGACCAAGUAUGCGAAAGAGAGAUAAAUCUACAGCGAUCCGAAUCGGGGAAACUGUUGGAUAGUCAGCGGAGGGAUUCGAGGACCAAAUUGGUGGAGACAGCCCGGUUGAUGCGUAGCGUCCGCAAUGUUUUCCGGCGGCCGCACACCUCAUCGGACGGAGCCCGCGGCCAAACGGAACUCGAACUUUCUCACGGCUACGCCUUCUCGCAAGAGGAACACGGAGCGGUGCGGCAAGGGGACAUGGUUCGAGCCUAUGACACCACUUUGCCUUCGAGGUCUAUGGACAAACUGUAAAAGAAAGUAAACACAACAAAGAGGGGGAAAAUCUACCGAGUAAACACCCGCUUAUCUCACCUCCGUUAAAAGAAAAAAGAGGGCCCAACACAUGGAAAAUUUACAUAAGACAACAAAAAGGAAGUUCCCAGUUUGUUUACGUGGCCUAUUCUUGGUCUGUUCAAUUUUAUUACCCACAUUUUUAAAACAAAAGUACGUUCAAAGCGAAGGAAAGACCACCCACAUUCAUUUAAUUCGGUGUUCGCCCGUUAGCCUCCGUGUCGGCUUCAUGUUGCGUAUCUCUUUCAUCUCCCCGUCGAUGUGAGCGAAGGACAUCCUGAGUUGAACGUUCGAGAUAGGGAAUGUUUCAUUAUUCGUUUUCCGCGCCAUCUGUGUUAACUGUGAAAUAACUUUCUUCGUGUCGUCGAAUUUUUUUUUUUUAAUCUUUUUUUGUAUUUAGUUUUUUCUUUUGUUCCUAGUCACAAUUCUUGUUCCUUACUACACACACUUACAGGUACCCAAUUAACCCACGAUCGACUGAUGUGAUCACCACGCAAGCAAGUAUUCGAUUUCACCGAUAAAUUUAAUUUUCAACAAAUUCUAGUCAAGAAGAAUUUUCCUGAUCAAUUAAUAAAAAUUUGCCCGUAUUUAUUAUCCUGUCAAUUAUUGUGGUGGAAUGAGGAGGAUGGGGGGGUGGUUUAAGUGUUUAUAAGUGUGUUGUCUGCCUUUUGUUUCUUGCCAAUUCAAAUUUGCGGCCCACGUUUCUUUUCGUCGUAUUUCCUUCCUGCGGACCUAGUUAUUUAUUUCCAUGUGCCGUUUCUAUUUGUCUUCCUGCCCACACUUAAUUCUUCUCGCGGGUCCUCACUUUCACGUUUCUCACUGAAUUAAUUUUUUAUUUAAUUUUUUUAUUAUUUAUUAGACUCUCUUUCUAUGUGGUCGCUCUACAUCUUCGUUUUCUAUCGACCUGCCCUUUCUAUAUUCGAUAUACUGUUGUCAUUAUCUUACUAUUGGUGUGUAUGGCUGAAAAUCCGGUGUCACGUUUUCCAUUACAGAUUGAACAGAG